CCUUUCUAACCUUUUUUUUUGUCGUUAACCUAUCUUCUAAAAUAUUGAAAAAGUAUGUGUGAAGAAUUGAAAAACCAAAUAAUUGAUCAUUUAUUGACGAUCGGAUGUUGUAAAUAUUGUUGCUUAAGGUAUUUAAAUAUCCGCAAGGAGGAUUCUUAUCUAAAUAUAGAGCAGUUUAUGAGUGAUGUAAAAAGUAGUGAAGAGACUAUAAGCAUAAAAAGAGUAAGACCAAACCCUUGUAUAGCAUGCCUUGGAUUAUUACAAGACUUUGUGAUAGACGAAAUAAUACAAAAUGUACAGCUUAAUACUGCAGCGGAAUAUGAUUCAAAAACGUUUACAUGUUCAGUUAGUAUGCCCGUUAACAUACUUCUCAGAGAACACUUGGUUAAGAUUGAUUUAAAAAGGAAAUUUCCAGACUUUUACAAAGAUGACACACAAGAAACACAGUUGAAUAAGAUUUGGAAGGUUGUAAUUAAAAAUAAACUUGCAUCAAAGUUAAAUAAGACCUUUCAAAAUUCAGUCAUUUGUAAUUUUUCAGUAAAUAUUAUUUUGGAUUAUGAAGAUGAAGAUCAAGAGUUAAAAUUGCUUCAGAAAGCUGCACCCAAUCACUUUAAAACAAGGACACAGCAAAGGAAAAAGUAUUCUGGAGAAAUAUAUACAAGAAAAGAUAUAUUGAACCUUUUAAGUGAAAUCAAAGAUGAUAAUAUCUUAAAACAUUGUCCUGUACCCCCAGAAGUUCCAUUGAAAUGGUUGAAGUGUAAAUCAAUAGAAUGCAAACACAACCCAAUUUAUUUUGCAGGUAGAUACUGUAAAUAUUCAAGAGAACUGAGUCAAAGUCCAUGGAUAAUUGAUGGAGUAAAGACCAUGGAAACUUCAGUUCAGGAAAUAAUUUUCAAUGAAAUCCAUAAAAUAUUUGGUAUUCCAUUAAAUAAUUUAAAAUUUACUGCCAGUGGUAGAGAAGACUGUGAUGUUCGAUGUUUGGGAAGGGGAAGGCCUUUUUACAUUGAAAUUAAUGAUCCUAGAGUAACUGAAUUUAGUUUUGAACAAUUUAGAACUUUGGAGAAAGCAAUAAACCUUUCAAAAAUGAUAAAAGUCCAAGAUUUGCAGCCCACUGUUAGAGAAGAUCUAUGCCAAAUAAAAAAGGGUGAAGAAACCAAGACAAAGCAAUAUAUUGCCCUUUGUAUAGUUGAGGGACCAGUUUCUGAUGAGAAAAUUAACAUUUUGAACCAAUCAGCUCCACUAGAAAUAUUUCAAGACACUCCAAUUCGUGUGUUGCAUAGGAGACCCUUGGCAACAAGAAAGAAAACUAUCCAUGAAAUGAAAGCUUCAAGAGUCCCUGAAAAAGACAAUAUGUUUAAGCUAAAUGUUGUGACACAAGCAGGAACAUAUAUUAAAGAGUUUGUUCAUGGUGAUUUUGAUAGGACAGUUCCAAAUGUUUGUUCUCUUAUUGGCAUGGAAGUUGAUAUACUUGCUUUAGAUGUAAUCGCGAUUAAUUUAGAUUGGCCAAAGCCAAUAAAUUAUGAAAACGGUACUUAAAUAAAUUAUUUUUGUAA